AUGGAGAUUCGUCCCUUUAUGAAUGUGUGGGCUUUUCUAGCCUUCACGGCGUUGCUCUUCCUGAUCAGCCGAGUAUUCUACCACCUCUUCCUCAAUCCGCUACGAAAAGUCCCAGGGCCUUUCUUUGCGCGCUUCACAAAUCUGUGGGAACUAUGCACUAUACAUCGCAGCAACUUCAAUGAAAAAUGCGUAGAGCUGCACAAGAAAUAUGGCCCGGUUGUCCGACUGGCACCGAAUAGAUACAGCAUUAACACUAUUGACAGUGUUAAGACGAUCUAUGCACUGAGGAACGGUUUUCCCAAGUCCGAAUGGUAUGAUGCCUUUGGACACCCUUCCGCAAGGAAUUUGUUGAAUGUUCGAAACGAGAAAGACCACACCACACGCAAGCGACUAUUGGCGAGUCUUUAUUCGAUGUCGACUGCGGUGCAUUACGAGGAACAGGUCAAUCGAAUUAAUAAGAUCUUAACAAGAAAGUUCCGGGAGUAUGCAAACGGCCGACAGCGGGUCACAAUGACGAAGGUGCUGCAGUACUAUGCUUUCGACGUCAUCGCGCAAAUCACAAUGGACGUUAAUUUUGGCAUGAUUGACGCCGAGAAAGAUACGCUUGGGCUGCUUGAAACCAUCGAACAGGCCAACGAUUACCCUAUGUAUAUCGGACUCUACAGCCAUCUGCAUCCCUUCCUCUUCUCCCUUGGGGACUUCUUUGGUGCCCCAAACCCAUUCGCGACUCUGACAAAAAUAGUCGACAGACAGAUCAAAAUAUACAAGACAAAGUAUGCUGAUCUCAAACAGCACAGCGAUAACAGCUGCCAAAGUUUCCUGUCAAAGCUGUUCUCUCUGCACGAGACCGGCCAAGUUGACCGCCAGGCCAUAUCCGACAGCUGCGGUAUGAAUAUUAUUGCAGGGUCCGAUACGACAUCCGUUACAAUGGGGGCAUGCUUGUUCUAUCUUUAUCACACUCCACGCGCUUUGAAACAGCUCAGGGAGGAAUUAGACACGAGUAAGGCCCAGGGACUGAUUUCGGAUCCCAUUACUUUUGCAGAAGCUCAGAAGCUGCCGUAUCUGCAGGCACUCCUACAAGAGACAUUAAGGAUGCAUCCAGCUGUCGGUCAAAUACUAGCGAGAAGUGUGCCGAAUACUGGUGCUGAGAUGGAGGGCUACCAUUUUCCACCAGGGACUGAGGUUGGCGUCAAUGCUUGGGCACUGCACCGCAACCCAGCGUUGUUUCCCGACCCAGACGUGUUCCAGCCAGAACGGUGGCUAGAGGAAGGAACGGGCAGCACAAAGAAAGCAGAUAAGUUGCUCGCUUUCGGCGGUGGAACUCGAACCUGCAUUGGGCGCCACAUAAGCCUACUUGAAAUCAACAAGGUGGUGCCUCAAAUCGUUCAAAACUUCGAGUUGGUAUUCGAAGACUCUAAUUCAUCCCUGAAUUCACGAGCGAGCUGGUUUGUCGUACCGAAGUACGAAUGUAUACUUCAAGAAAGGAGCGACGAGGUGUGA